AUGUACAAGGUAUUGGAGCGCAUUAUCCUGGACCGACUCAUUAAACAUCGCGAAGAAACAACGCGCGACGAGCAAAAUGGCUUUCGCCCUGGCCGAUCUACGACCGACCAGGUGUCCAUCGUCAGGAGAGCGUUCGAAAUCUGGGAGCGGUAUUCGAAGCCAAUGCAACUAGCGUUUCUGGACUUUGAAGCCGCGUUCGACUCUCCUCACCAAGGCCGUCUUCUCAACGCGCUCCGCGCCGACGGAGUACCAGGAAGGUUCGUUCGCUUGCUUGGCAUGAAUCAACGACCAACUGCUGCAGUUCGAACACCAGCCAUAGGUACAACACCGUUUGAAGUGGUAACUGGAGUAAGACAAGAGGCCGUGGCGGGACCCUUUCUAUUCAAGUUUGCCGUCGUUCACAUAAAUGUGAAGAGCAGUGGGCAGUGUUCUGCCGACAUUGUCUUAGCACCAUCAGGGUGCCCCUCGACUGAUCUCGAGCACGCCGACGAUGUUGUUAUAUUCGCAGGAAAGCAGUACGAAAUUUCACAUGUUGUCAACCUUGUAUCGAAGCUGGCUCCAGCCUAUGGACUACGCCUACACUCUGAUGAAUGCAAGUAG